AGAGAGAGAGAGCCUCACACUCCCGCCACGCGACUCAACUCCACUCGCUCUGCCCUCCCCAACACGUCACCACCCAAAGGGCGGGGAACAACAGACACUUCGUCGACCAUUUUUAUGUUUUUUAAAAAAUGAAAAUUUCCAAAAUGCCCUUGCUGUCUCUCUCCUCUCUUUCUCUCUCUAAAAGCUCUGCAAUGAGAGUGUGAUUGGAAGAAUUGAAUUCGUUUCUCGAGAAAGUUUUGCGGGAAACGGAGGAACUCGGAGGUAACGGAGAAACAAAGGAGUGUUUUAAAAAAAUAAGGGGAAAAAAAAACUCAGAGCACAUGGCUUCUUAAGAGAGUUCUCUUCUCUCCACACACAUUUUUGUUUUUGCUUUCAGUCACAUGCAGUUUCUCUCUCUCUACUUCCUCUCUCUAGCUUCUCUCUAAAUUCUGCAAUAAGGCUUUGACUUCUCAGUGCUUCAGAUCUAGAGAGGAAAAGGAGCAUAAAUUCCGAGACUUACAGUUGAGUUGUCGUUUGGUGGCUUUGAAUCUCAAAAAGUCAUAAAACAGAAACUCUGGAAACUUUUUAUGUCCUCAGGUCUUCUCUAGUAUUCUGGAACCUAGAAUCAACUCAGACCUAGCCCAGAGGCACAUAAUCAAGCUUCAAACUCAGUUUUAGAAUCAUUUUUAUUUUCAUGUAUGUUGUAUAUGUGAGAUUGGGUGUACAAAAUUAGUUGUUUUCAUGGUUUGUGAGAUGGAGAAUGAUAACAUUGAGGAAAUGGAUGUUGAGGUCCUCCACUCUAUGUGGCCUGAAGACAUUGGGAAUGAUGCUGGAAACCAAUUCAAUAUGGAUAGGCCAGGAGCAGAUCAAGAUAUGUUGGAAGAGGUUAAUAUUGUUGAGGAGCCUUCUAUAGUCGAUUUUAAGCGCCUUUUAGAGCUAACCAAUUACAGUGAGAAGGGAUCCUCUCAGCUAGCAUAUCUCGUAAAGAAUUGGGAGUAUAAGCAGGCAAAUGCUGUGCGCCUUCUUAAAGAAGAGCUCGACAAUCUAAGCAGACAAAGGCAGGAAGUUGAGCUCAAGAAAUUGGAGAUAUUGGAGGAGCAUCGAUUUGUUGAAGAAAGAUAUGGUGGUGACAAACGUCCAAUUUCUAUACUGGAUGGCAUUUAUGAUAUAUGGCAAGAAGUUCCACGGAGGAGAAAUAGUGUUGUUGUUCAAAAUAAAAGACUUGAAAUAGAUGCUGAAUAUGACACUGUCAUAUACUGGAAGCAGCGAGCUGUGCAUUUAGAGAAAUUGUUAGAGGCAAGUGUCCAGAGAGAGCAUAUGCUUAUGGAGAAGGUGCAGGAAAGCAUAAAAAGUCUGGAAAGGCAGUCAUCCCCAGUGGAGGAACUGUCCCAGAUUCUGAAAAGAGCAGAUAAUUUCUUACAUUUCGUUCUACAGAAUGCACCUGUUGUUAUUGGCCAUCAGGAUAAAGAGCUGCGGUAUCGUUUCAUCUAUAAUCAUUUCCCAAGUUUGCAAGAGGAGGACAUCAUAGGAAAAACAGACGUGGAGAUUUUUACUGGUGCUGGUGUGAAGGAAUCUCAGGAAUUCAAGAAAGAGGUCUUGGAACGAGGAUUGCCUGCAAAAAGGGAAAUUACAUUCGAGACUGAAUUAUUUGGUUCAAAGACAUUUUUGAUUUAUGUGGAACCUGUCUUUAGCAAGGCAGGUGAUACAAUUGGUGUGAACUACAUGGGGAUGGAUGUGACUGAUCAGGUAAGGAAAAGAGAAAAGAUGAUGAAAAUUCGAGAGGAGAUAGCUGUACAAAAAGCCAAGGAAACAGAAUUGAACAAAACAAUUCAUAUAACAGAGGAGACAAUGCGAGCAAAACAGAUGCUAGCCACCAUGUCUCAUGAGAUAAGAUCUCCUCUAUCUGGGGUUGUUAGCAUUGCUGAAAUUCUUGCCACUACAAACCUUGACCGGCACCAACGACAACUAUUGAAUGUCAUGCUAUCUUCAGGAGAUUUGGUCCUUCAACUUAUAAAUGACAUCCUUGAUCUUUCCAAGGUUGAGUCAGGAGUUAUGAAGUUGGAAGCUACAAAAUUCCGGCCAAGAGAGGUAGUAAAGCAUGUACUCCAAACUGCUGCUGCGUCAUUGCAAAAGAUACUGACCUUGGAAGGACAUGUUGCGGAUGACGUUCCUCUUGAGGUCACUGGAGAUGUCCUAAGGAUUCGACAAAUUCUCACCAACUUGAUUAGCAAUGCAGUGAAGUUUACCCAUGAAGGAAAAGUUGGAAUAAACCUUUAUGUGAUACCAGAGCCAUCCUCUGGAAAUGGAGAAGGAGGUCCUCAAAUGUUCAUUGAUGAUCAGUCAACAGUUUCAGCAAAUAUACCUAAAGAAGAGAAAUGUUUAUCCCCAUCUCAGUCUAGCUGCACUUCAAAAGGUUCUCAUACUCAGAAUCAUGCACUUAAUGAUGAGCCUAUAGACCCCAUUAAUCAUGAUGAUUCAAAGCAGGAAGAUAAAGAGAACUCUCACCCACUUGAGACAACUGUGUGGAUACGAUGUGAUGUAUAUGACACUGGAAUUGGAAUACCAGAACAUGCCUUACCUACUUUAUUUAAAAAAUACAUGCAAGUCAGUGCAGAUCAUGCUCGCAAGUAUGGUGGGACAGGAUUGGGUUUGGCAAUCUGCAAACAAUUGGUUGAGCUGAUGGGGGGGCAUAUGACUGUGUCCAGCAGAGAGCACUCUGGGUCUACUUUUACUUUUAUUCUACCUUAUAAGGUCUCACUGAUAAGUGAUCAUUCGGAUGAUCCUGAUGAACUCUCAGAUAUGGCUGAUGACGAUGCCUCAACCGAUGAUAAAAAUGCUGGAUUUUUUCAAUUCCACCCACGCACUCUGGGUUCACUAUUCUCUUCUGGUGGAUCUGGCAGGACCCAAAAACUACCACCAAAUAAUAUUGGGUAUGAUAGCUUACAUAAACUCAAUGGGCUCUCAGAUGAUUCCUAUUCUUUCCCAUUCAAUAAGGUCACAUCAAAAGAGAUGACAUCUCUUGAAGACACAUGUUCAGUAGUUGAUGCUGCAGAGACAUUAUCUGAACCUGAAAGUUUGUUAAGGCACAAUGCAGAGCCUGAUAAUGAUAAUGCAGUUAGUAGAGGCAAAAAAUGUCAAGAUGAAGCCAAUGGUCAAGUCCAUAAUCAUAGUACGGGUUCAACUCAUCACUCAAAGGUAAGCAAAGAAGUUGAUGAAAUGGGAAAAACAAGUGAGGCUCCAGAGAUGUGUUUAAGGCUGGAGAUAUCUGAAAGAAGCUCUCAGUGCACUUCUAGCAGCAGUCCAGAAGAACCCAAAUCAACAUUAAAGCCUAAGAUCCUUCUUGUAGAAGAUAGUAAGAUUAAUGUAAUGGUGACCCAGUCAAUGAUGAAGCAGUUAGGCCACACCAUAGAUGUUGUGAAUAAUGGAAUUGAAGCCGUUCGUGCAGUUCAAUGCCGUAGUUAUGAUCUCAUUCUGAUGGAUGUAUGUAUGCCUGUGAUGGAUGGCCUUCAAGCUACAAGAAUAAUUCGAUCUUUUGAAGAAACUGGCAAUUGGGAUGCUGCAGUAAAGGCUGGAAUUGAGCCAUCUACAUGUUCUUCAGAUUCAUUACCAAAUGGCCACGAUUCUAUGACAGUCACAAAGCGGGUCCCUAUCAUUGCGAUGACAGCAAACGCCCUCUCAGAGAGUGCAGAUGAGUGUUACGCGAAUGGUAUGGACUCAUUUGUAUCAAAGCCUGUCACAUUUCAGAAGUUGACACAAUGUCUUCAACAAUACUUGACAUGAUGUGUCCUGUGAAUAUACGCAUCUGUACAAAAAAAGUUACUGCGUGUUAGGAAAGUUUUGUAAUCAAUGUCAUGCUUUCUCAACCAUUAGCAUCUACUAUAAAUUGUCUUGAUCAACUUUCUUC